GAGGUGACACCCCCCCCGUGUCCCCCCCAGACCCCCCCUCGGCGCGGAUUGUCCCCUCCCAGAACGUCCUGCGCGAAGGUGACACCCUGGUGCUGACCUGUGCUGUCAGCGGGAACCCACGCCCCACAGAGGUGUGGUGGAGCCGUGGCAACGAGUCCCUUCCCCCCCGAGCCCGGGCCGAGGGCGAGCGCCUGACGCUGCCGGCGCUGGGCCCGCAGGACAACGGCACCUACAGCUGCCACGCCGGCAACGCCCACGGCCGCGCCGCUGACCACUACGUGCUCGUCGUGUACGGUCAGUCACACACCGGGGACACCUGUGGGGACACCGGGGACACCCACAGGGGCACCCACAGGGGCACCCACAGG